UGGCCCAAAUUUUGAACUCUUGGCUUUCUAGGUCGUCAACAGAUGAGCACCGCCAGACCUGACGUUUUGCCUCACAAUGCAGCAACAGCUCCAACCAUGAUAUAACCUAGCCGGCCGGACAGACUAUACCGAAAUAUUCACCACCCAAUGGACGCCGCCGCUCUCCUCAAGUCCCAGGGCUGGCGGGGCAAGGGCUUCUCCCUGCACCCCACCGACAACACCAUCGGCCUGACCAAGCCGAUCCUGCUGUCGCGCAACACGGACGGCCGCGGCGUAGGCCAGAAGCAGCACUACACAAGCGACCAAUGGUGGCUGCACGCCUUUGAUGAGAAGCUCAAGGGCCUCGACACCUCCAAAAAGGGCACCGUGGUGCAGUCGGUCAAGCAGGGUAAGCUGGACGUUGUCGCCAGCAGCCAGCCCACGGGCAAGUACAGGGGCGCGAGCGGGCUGUACGCGUCCUUCGUGCGGGGCGGCAUGCUCGAGGGCACUCUGCAAGCACCGGGCGAACCAUCGACGGCCGGCACGACGCCCUCGAGCUCGGAAGAUAGCGAGACGUCUGUAUCGAGAAAAGAAAAGAGGACCGAGAGCAAGGCGGAGAAGCAGGCUAGGAGGGCGGCGAGGAGGCUACGCAAGGCGGAGAAGGCUGCACGAAAAGCUGCCGAGGCCGAGGCGGCGCGUAAGGCUGCCGACAAGGCCGCGAAAAAGGCGCUGAAGCAGUCCAGGAAAGCCAGUGAGACAAAGGCGGAGAGACGCGCGAGGAGGGCAGAGAGGAGGGCGCGGAAAGAGGCAAAAAGGAAAAGACGAGAGGAAGAAAAGUUGAAACUACCAGAUUCGGGUUGAAGGAGUUUCAUCCCCCCGUCCAUGGUACCUAUGCUUCACCACAAGGGGCAGUUCAAGGUCGCGGCGGUAGCAGCACGAUUGAGAGUCAGAUGCCGCCAGCGACAUAUAGAGCAGCGACAUCUACACUAGCUCGACUUGCCCAACCUUAUACUGGAGGUCGUUGCAGACCCGAUCUAUUCGUCCACGAGGGAUGACCCGGCAGCCGAGGCAAGACCGCUGGACUAGCUAGGUAUGGGCGACCGCUUCUGCCUGUGCCAGGCUGGGGCUCAAACCUCUUUGGGAAUUUUGCCCGGCUUAUUUGAUAGCAGCCACGGCCGGCGGUCCCAGAAGUCGUCCUUGAUAAUAUCAAGGUGCUCUACCACAAUAGGCGCCUUUGCUCGCCGUUUUCUGUCCGUCUCGUUCUGUGUCUUUGAUUGCUGGACCGGGACGGCCAGACUGUCGGCUUCGGCGGCAGCAUUGUGUGUUCCAGGCUCCACCGGCUCGUA